UGACAUGUUUCAUAGUCAUUUAAUCUUUAUUUUUUGCGUAAAACUCGCUUUUGCAUCGAAAUCGUUGCCACAGCAAAAAGCAAAACGGUUGAGAAGGAUAGCUUUACGCCUACGUAUCUACGUAUCGUAAAAUUCAAAAACCCCUUACCAACGGUACACAUGCGCACAUGUCUUAAUGCGGCAAACUGACGUUUGACAGACGCUGCACGGCCAGCAUGGAAACGUCAAGCGGAGGGGUGCUGCAACGCAGCAUAAAAAGCAUAAUCGUCUCUUUCUCGCUCUCUACCGUCCGUGCUCUCUCGCUCUCUCUGUUCGGCUACGUCUAUCGGUGCUCAUUCAGUUAAUUAAGCUCGGGCGAAGCGGAGUGCGUUGUUUUGGUUUUCCCUGCUGGUGCUGUGUGAUUUUCCCCACGUCUUUAACGUUUCCAAUGUUACAGCGGCUACGCGGCACGGGCAGCCGCUUCCGGUGCACCGGUGGCCAGCAGCAGCGGGCUGGGGUGGCCGGUGACAGCCGCGGGGCCAAACCGUUCGCUGAAAUGCCGGGCCCGCGCCGAAUUCCGUUGCUCGGUAUGCUGAACGACGUGAUGCAGCUCGGGAAACCAGCUGAGCUGCAUUUGCGGAUUUCAAAGUACCACGAGCAGUACGGCGACCUGGUGCGGUUGCAAAUUGGCACGCAGAACGCGGUGUUUGUGCGCGACCCGAGCCUGAUGCGCAAAACGUUCCAGCUGGAGGGUGCGUACCCGCGCCAUCCGCUGCCCGAGUCGUGGACGUACUUCAACAAGAAGCACGACUACCAGCGGGGCCUGUUUUUCAUGGACGGGAAGGAGUGGUUGCAGUCGCGCCAAAUCUUUAACAAACCGAUGCUGAAAGACUUCCACUGGAUGGAGGAACCGAUACGGGGAACGUGUGAGGCUACGGUUGGUCAUAUGCAGCAAACUUGCGAUAGUGCCGCUGCCUUCGAGGGGAUUGAGGCGUUCCUCUACCAGUGGUCCGUGGAAGUGGUGCUCAGCGUAAUGCUUGGCUCCGCCUUUACCGAAUGCCAACAGUCGGCCGAGUUCCGUCGGCUGGUGCAACAGUUUUCCGCCGUCGUGUACGACAUCUUCCGCUGCAGCUCGGAGCUGAUGAACAUUCCGCCCGCGAUCGCGGACCGGCUGAACGUGCAGCCCUGGCAGCAGUUUGAAAAGGUGGUACCGGAAACGAUCCGUCUCGCAACGGCUAUCAUCGAAUUCGGAAUAGCAAACGCACAGACGCGAGACGGUCUGCUCGAUCUGAUGAUGCAGAAGCUCGACAAACCGCUGAUGAUGCGCAUCUUUAUCGAUUUCAUCAUUGCCGCCGGCGAUACGACCGCAUUUGCUACCGUUUGGGCACUGUAUCUGCUGGCGAGCAAUGCGAACCUGCAGCAGUCCGUCCGGCAGGACGUGCUCGACUCCAACACGCUGGAGUGUGGCGCAGUGAAGGGUGUGGUGCGCGAAACGUUGCGCCUGUAUCCGAUUGCCCCGUUCAUUGGGCGGUUCGUGGAGCACGAGUCCGUCUUUGGGGCGUACGCACUGCCCAAAGAUACGCUCGUCCUUCUCUCGCUGUACAGUGCCGGUCGGGAUGAGCGGUUCUUUGCCGAGCCGGAAGCGUUCAACCCGUACCGCUGGCAACGGACCAACGCGGCGGAGUCGUCCACUGGCCGCACACCGUCCGCCUCGCUGCCGUUCGCAAUCGGUGCACGGUCCUGCAUCGGGCAGAAGAUUGCACAGCUACAGAUGCACUAUCUACUAUCGAUGAUUUUGACCAAAUUCGACCUAACGCUAGCCGAAGCGGACCAGCAGGACGCGAUUAAACCGAUCCUGAAGAUGAUUACCGUACCGAGUGCGCCCGUCAAGCUGUGCCUUAAACCGUGCAGCGCGCAACCGGAGCGGCAAGCGGUGGCACAAAUGCAGGACUAGGGCGGUUUUGGUAGUGCAGGGUGCACAACACAACCAGUUCGAACGCUAGCGUAAUCGGCUAAGGGCAGCUUGGCAAUACUGUUUGCGCUGGAUGCUUGUGAUAACAGCCACAGCUUCCAGCUUGCUUCCGAAAACGAAUACCUCCCAUCAACGCAUAUACCUCACGCUUAGCGCCAAGACGUAAAGAAGGGCGCACGCUUCAGGGUACACACGCGGUGUGUAGCUUUGUUGUUUUUUGCAUUUAAAGCGGCUCCAAUUUUUUUUUUGUUUUACCGAAUCCUACCAUGCCACAAGUAAGCAUUUGUUAGUUUAGAUUGUAUGUUUUUUUAUUAUUAUUAUUACCAUAUAAUGUAAGUUAAAGUCUUCCAAACUUCUUACGGGGCACACACACCGUGCACCGUGCAAAGUAAAACCGCCUACAAGUGAUACCAACAA